AUGGAGAAAAUGAUUAGCCUGUCAUGCUCAUCGGAUCUGAAGAUGGCUUUGUUCACUUCCGGCUCUCACAAGCCGCCGUCAUACUCUUCCUCCAUAGUUUCUUUCUCGUUCCGUGCCAUAAGAUCCGCAAGGUCGUUUGCUAAUCGCCGUGAAGUCAACCGAACAAAUCCUUCUCCGGCAUCCCCAAAAAUGAGGGCCACACAGGAUCUCAUUAAGGGGCUCAAGUCUGAGAUCACAACUGUUCAGGAGGAUUUAGAAAUAUUUCGUGCAGUGGAGGGUACAUACGAGUUUCCAUUUGAAAUUGUCACUCGUUUAGGAUGUGGCCUGAAAACCACGGAGACGGAACUCAAAAGAGAACUUGACGAUGAGAUUAUUCGAGUGUCAGUUGAGUAUGAUACUGACGAAGAAGAUGACGAUGAUGAAGAUGAAUAUGAAGAUGAGGAUGAGGAUGAGGAAGAUUAUGAUGAAGAACAAGAUGAAGAGGAUGACGAUGAUAAAGAAGGAGCAGAAGAUGAUGAUGAUGAUGAUGAAGACUCUGGCAUCCCAAUGAAAGUGAGCAUUUCCCAAAAAACUACUGGACAGCAACUGGAGUUGGAUGUCACUGCUUUCCCUGAUGAGAUUUGCGUCGACAAAUUUUCAAUCAAGAAACCGGAGCAUUCGAACCGUGAUUUAACAAAAACCGGCAGCCAGUACUUGGCUAACUUACAGAAGGAAUUGGUCAAAUAUCUUGAGGUUAAAGGGGUCACGCCCAACACAAUUGAAUUAUGGAAGGCCAACUUGAAGAACAAAGAGGACAGAGAAUCCCUGACGAAUAUGCAGGACCUCAGGGCUUUUGUGGAACAAAGCACCAUUUCCACUGGUGCUAGCUAG